AUGACGCUCAUCCAUCAACGAGCGUCUCCUGAAGAGCCUAUCGAGGAGCUUAUCCUGUCGAUCCAAGGAUAUCUCGUAGAGGCCAAUCUCCCUCCUAUUCGGAAGAUGGAUGUUCCUCGGUCCAAUCAUCGGAUCAUUGGUCUUAGCCAGUCAGUCGUUAUCUCUGGCCUUGGUGAGGGCCUGUUCCAAGACGCGGUACAGGGUGCGGUCUGCGUCUACCAAGUCUAUCAGCGCCUUAUCGAGACUCUUCAUGGACGACUUCGAGAGUGGACCCCUUUUGAUCGCUCAGGCCACCUGGCUAUCCAGUUCGGUAACCGUCUCCUGAGUAGGGGAAAGGAGGUUGGAGACGAUGAGAUUGUGGACUUGGCAGAUGUCGUGGACCCCUUCAAUGUUCUCCGACCAGCUCUGCGUGAUCAUGUUCACACUACCGACAAUGCAGUUCAGUACUGGGAGCGUACAAUGAAGGAGUCCAAGGCAACAUACACAAAGAUCAAGCCUCACCAGAUCAACAUCUCAAACCUAGUUGAGCUACAGAUCGCUUUCACAGUGGUUCGCACAUCUUUGUUCCUAAGCUAUGUUCGAUCUGACUUCAAUCUAGCUUCAAUUGCAGCUUUGACAAAGCGUGCCAAGUCUCCCAGACGUACUUUGAAGCGCAAGGUCGGCUACGGCGACAGCGAGGAAGAUGACACAGACUCUGUGUUGAAGCGUAUGCGCUUGGACGAUAGUGACUUGCAGGACAGUGCAGUUGUAUCUCAGACAGAUGUGCCUAUGGCUGGGUAG